GACGGUUUGUUAAAUCAGUAUUGUUCGAGACACCGUCAGCAGUGGUACAUAUAUCAAUUCGUUAUAUUCGAGUUGAUACUAUACUUUAAUAUUUCAUCUAUCCGUCAAUACAUACACAACAACAACAAUAUGGUCGACUGCAGAGUGUUUUUGGCCGUCGCCGUCGUAUUUGUAGCUGUUGCUCAAAUCAGUGGUAGACCCGGUACAGACACUGAAUGGGGUAUUCCAUUCGAAGAAGCCCUCAAGAACAUCACUAAAAAAAUGGCCGAUGUUGUCGGCGAUAACUCCGAAUACACCACCGCUGCCAAGAACGGUUUGAACACUUUCGUUGAAGGUUUCAAAUCUGAACUCGCAGUACUUUCCAAAUCGUUCGAAGGCAAAGCUGGUGCCACCGACUUAGUCAAGGAAGCCACCAAGCAAUGGCAAACAGCUAUCGACACAUACACUAAGAACUUGCCAAAGGAAGUCAGCUUGAAGGACUUCAACGAGAAAGCUGAACAGGCACUUAAGUACAUCGUCGAACAUGCCACUGAAGUUACAAAGAAAGCCCAAGGAAACACCGAAAUCGAGAAAGAAAUCAGAGAAUUCACCAAGAAAAACAUCGACUUCCUUAUGGAACAAGCUAAAGCCGUCGAAGCUAAAAUCGCCGAUGUCAAGAAAGCCUAAGAUGAACAAGUUUGAGUGGCUGACACACGUUGUUCCAACUAUGUCAAUCUAAACACGAUAACUGACAGUUAAUUUAUUAAUUUUUAGUUUUAUAAUAUUGUUAUUUAUUUCACUUUUAAAAAAUCAAACAUUAAAUUUUACAGCUUUUAUACUUUA